GGAUUUAUGCCGACGUUCGCAGUAGCAAAGGAAGUUUUGAACUCUGGACAACUAUACGGGUUUUCGCGUGCCAUAUCGAAUGAUGAUUUUAAUGAUUCAUUCAAAGAUGGCAGUAUCUUUGAGUAUCGUGGAAACAAAUUGGGAGAUUCAAAGGAGUCACAUCCUAAAAAGCACAUCAAGAAUGAUACUCUCGUUGACGUUAUCGAAAUAUCUAGAGAGGGAAUUAUAUCAAGGGAAAAUUCAUCUGAGGAAUAUCACCUUCAAAACUUUCAGAAUACAGAAGGAAUCCACCGAUUGCCACUCAAAAUGAUUGAGACGCCGUCCCCAACAGCAUCACCACAACGUGGCCAAAUAAUAAUUGUCACAACAAAACGCUCUGGAUCAUCUUUUGUUGGAGAAUUGUUUAAUUCGAAUCCAGAUAUAUUUUACAUGUAUGAGCCUUUGCUUCAUGUGACUUUCGAUGUAUUGAAUCACCGUGUAAAAAACGAGCAGGCCGAUGCAGUAAUGCUCUCUGUGUGGAACCGCACUCUCCGUUGUAACUAUUUAAGUUCCAGUCAAGGACCUGAUAACUGGCUGAGACGAGGUGGUUGUAAAACUUGCCAGGUAUCAGAAGCAUUGAACAGAUCUAAGCUCAUCUGUCCAGAACCGACGAUCCCCAGGAUAGAGGUUGGAUCGAUCAUCUCCAAACUGUGCUCCGAUCACACUUACACCGUUCUGAAAACGAUAAGAGUAAAUGACAUCAAGGACCUAAGGAGUUUCCUUGAGGAUCCGAGCUUGAACCUUAAGAUCAUCCAUCUCGUCCGCGAUCCUAGGGCAGUCAUAAAUUCUCGUCGUAAACUCAAAGAGCCCAACUAUGAUUUGAAGCGACGGAAGGGUCCUCAUGCAGACGAGAUCACGGAUCUAUGCGAGCAUAUGGCUAGAAAUCUACAGUACAACGACGAACAACCAAGUUGGUUAAAGAGAAAAUACAUGCUAGUGCGCUUUGAGGAUGUAGCGAAAAAUCCUUUAGACGAAAUACAGCGGAUGUAUCAGCACUUAGGAAUGAAGAUUCACCCGAAUGUACUAAGUUGGGUGAAGAACAAUACUCACAGUGUAUCAGAGGCGGAUCGUCCGUUUUCACGAACACGAGACUCAGAUAAGGUCAUCAAUGCCUGGAAGAACAGUAUUCCUGAAACGAUAAGAAAAGAGGUAGAAGGAAAGUGUAGUCACGUGAUGAAUUCAUUAUCGUAUCUACCAGUGGUGUGAUACUGCACAGUGCGUACAAUACAAAUGUGGAUAUUGUUAUUCUUUUUAGGAAUCAACGUACACUCUACAAAUUUCCAAGUUUUUUGUGGGUGAAUCCCUUUCAUUGUAAUUAAAUUAUGAAUAGGCCUUCUUGAUACGUUUGUUUUGAAAAAACAACAACGAAACUCAUCGUUAUCUUUUCUAUGAAAAAAAGAAGAAUAUUUGUGUCGUCACCUCAAGGGACCGAAGUUAGACUGUCAAUAUUUCUUAUCUAAUCAAAAUUACCUCCAGUGCCGUUACUGUAGAUUUGCAAUCAGAUCUUCCUGAAAUAGAAAGGAAGGGGUAGAUUUGGGGUCAUUUCUACAGCUUAUUUUAAGAAACCAAUUUGGAUUUCAAAGCAUUUCUCCUAUUCGAUUCGCUUCUACAUACCAUUUCUCAGUCUAUAAUAAAUAAAUUAUUUUCAUCAUGACCAUAUAGAAACUACUCGAAGAAGGUCGUAUGGAUUGAAUUAU